AUGCGCCCCAGGAUAAAGAUGCCGCGCCGGACGGCAACGAACCAGCCAUUGUCGCGCCGGCACAAGCGAAACCUCUCGUACGCCUUCGUCGUCGCAUUCAUCUUCGCGAUUAUAUACGUUUUCAAUGGGCCUGGCGACCCCAUGGCCGUUCCCUUCGGCCAACACGAGGCAUACAUGAACGAGCGCGCAAACGUGAACGGCUUCGUGGUAGGAGAUUCGUACGACUGGCGGACCGCGCCCUUUGUGCAUACGAUCUCUGAAUACAUACAACUGCCUAUUGGCACCCCGAAGGAUCUGCCGAAAGUACAAUACGACUUCCCACCGGAAACAUCAUCGCAGAGGGCAAGGCGAGAGGAGCGACGGGUCGCUGUUAGGGAAGAGUUUCAGCGCAGUUGGGAGAACUAUCGAACCUUUGCAUGGGGUCAGGAUGAGCUUGCACCAAUUACCGGCAAGGGCGCCGAGUCGUUCGGAGGCUGGGGCGCGACGCUCGUGGACGCGUUGGACACGCUGUGGAUCAUGGGUCUCAAGAACGAGUUCUACGAGGCUGUGGGGGCUGUGGCUGCCAUUGACUUUGGCGUGUCUGAGUCCAUUACAAUCAGCGUGUUCGAGACCACGAUUCGUUACUUGGGCGGGUUGCUCUCGGCAUACGAUCUCAGCCACGAAAAGGUGCUGCUGGAAAAGGCCAUACAAUUGGGGGAGAUGCUGUAUCGCGCAUUUGACACGAAGCCCAACAACUUCCCUCUGGACCGUCUCAUGCUGGAGAACGCGAAGAACAAGGGUGGUUUCAAUGCGGACAGUAGCAUCUGUUUUGCGGCCCUGGGUUCUCUGACCAUGGAGUUCACGCGGCUGGCUCAAAUUACACAGAAGAACAAGUACUAUGAUGUUGUCGCGAAAGUCACUAAUUUCUUGGAUCAUGCCCAGAAUAAGACGAACAUUCCGGGGUUAUUUCCAAUCUGGAUCAACGCAUACAAGGAGGAGAUUGUCGGCUCGUCCUUCACGGUCGGUGCAAUGGCGGACAGCUCGUACGAGUAUUUCCCAAAGAUGCAUGCUUUGCUCGGAGGUCUCGAGCCGGUAUACGAGAAGUUAUGGAAGGACUCUAGUGCGAUGAUCGACAAGCACAUGCUCUUCCGGCCCAUGCUUCCUGACACCGAGCCAGGCAAGGACCUCCUCUUCAGCGGCGACGUGACAAUCUCUGGCGAAAACAUCAAGCUAGACUCGGAGAUGCAGCAUCUGACCUGCUUCAUUGGCGGCAUGUUCGCACUUGGUGGGCGCCUCAUGCCCGACCAACACCACGUCGACCUUGGCGCGAAGCUCACCGAAGGCUGCAUCUACGCCUACCAUGCGAUGCCCAGUGGCAUUAUGCCUGAGAUAUUCGACGCCGCGCCCUGCGCUUCACGCACGAAUUGCCCCUGGAACGCCUCCUUCUGGGAAGAAGAAGUGCUCCGCCGGAGCUACAACAAGGACCAUGCCGACUUCGAGCGCGUCGUGGCGAAGGAUAAGCUGCCACCGGGCUUCACGUCUAUGCGCGACAAGCGCUAUCUUCUACGUCCCGAAGCCAUUGAAUCCGUCAUGAUCAUGUACCGCAUCACUGGCCACGAGGAGUAUCUCGAUCACGCAUGGAAUAUGUUUACCUCUGUCGUCAGAGCGACCCGGACGCCCUUCGCGAAUGGCCAGGUUUUCGAUGUAACUGCCGAUCCACCAGCUGAACCGGAGAAUAAGAUGGAGAGCUUUUGGUUUGGGGAGACACUGAAGUACUUUUAUUUGAUCUUUAGUCCGCCGGAUAUGAUUAACUUGGAUGAUUGGGUGUUCAAUACUGAGGCGCAUCCAUUCCGUAGGCCGGUCCUUCAGAAAACAGGGACUCGAAUAGAAUAA